GUGGCAAUGAGCUCCUGAUCACGAGUCAGGAAACCAAGCUUUUCAGCACGCCCUCCUCUCUCAACAACAGAAAUGAGAGGGUGAGAGAAAGAGAGAGAGAGAGAGGGGGGGAAACAGCUAUCGUUUGCCCAGCCUUGUGGAGAGACAAGAGUGAGAGAGUAAGUGAAAGAAAGAGAGGGAGGUAGAGAGAGAGAGCGAAUUAGAGAGACAGAGUGACUGACAGCAGGGGUGAGGAGCAGAUGAGAGGAGAGUUCACAAACUAUUGCAAAGCGUUGGAACAACCACCAGACCUCCAGUUCAAACAUGUCAGGACAACAGCAGUGGACGCUUCUGGCCGUCAUGGCCCUCCUGGUCCUCACAGUGACAGCAGGCGAGGGGGGGAAAGCUGAGAAACAAGGGAAGAAGGAGCGUAAGUCGGACUGUGGGGAGUGGCAGUGGAGUGUGUGCGUGGCCAACGAGGGCGACUGCGGCCUGGGCACCAGGGAGGGCACACGCACUGGCACCGACUGCAAGCAGACCAUCAAGACCCAGCGCUGCAAGAUCCCUUGUAAUUGGAAGAAGCAGUUUGGAGGUGAAUGCAAGUAUGACUUCCAGGCCUGGGGAGAGUGUGACAUGGCGACGGGGAAGAAGAACCGGACAGGGGUGCUGAAACGCGCUCUCAUGGAUGCCACCUGUCCUAACACAGUGAGCGCCACCAAGCCCUGCGGCAAGAUCCCCAAGACUAAGCUGCAAGACGCCAAGAAGCCGAAGCGGGAGGGGAAGAAGAGGGAGCGUACUCUGAUGGACUAGUGGUGCAUCAUGGGAAGCAGGAAGUGAAAGGUGAUGCUUAUACUGCCCUAUCUCAACAUGUCCUAUUUGUUUGUCCUGUAGGAUAGUAGUGAUAAAAUGUAUUUCUUUCCUAAUUUCUCAUAGGAAAAUAUUGUAGGGGAUUUAAUACUCUUUGUGAAUAAUGCAAAUUAAGCAUUUCUUACUAAAAUGCUUACCUAAUAACAUUUUAGAAAAACAAAAUCAAUUGGAUUUUUUUCCAUAUUACAUAACAUAAUUUUUGUUUGAGUUAACAAAAUUAUUCUCACUCAAAUUAAAAAUCCUUUCUUGCAUGGCUUGAUUUAAAGCGGCUUAAAGUUAAAACCUCAUGCCUUUACUGGGGUUUUAAAGGUUAUUUUGUUGGUACCCUCAACAGCAAAAUUGCUAAAAACCUUUGUAACCAUUUUUGAGGGCAUACAUUAUUAACAUGAAACAUAAGUACUCAUUGAUGUAAAGGAAAUUCCUUUCAAAAGUUAUCUACAGUGAAAGAUGUAAACUAUUGUCAGAUGACUGUAUAAAUUAGCUACUGUACUGUACACGUGUUAGUGUGUAAGAUAUUGUGUCCAGUAUUAGUUAUUCCUGUUAUUAUACCUCACUUUGUAGUUCCCUUGCUCUCCAGUUGAACUCUGAGUAAAACUGUUAUUGUAGUUUCCAACUGGAGUUGACCUGUCCUAAUUAUCGUUUACAUUUAAAAAAAUAAAGUUUGAAAUUAUGUCCAAA